CCGCGACCAAUGGGCCUCGCUCCUGGCCCACAACCAUUGGUCUCGGUUCGUGGCAGGAACCGGGACAGAAGGAUGCCCUUUAGUCCCGGUUCCAGCCACGAACCGAGACCAAUGAGUUGCCUAUAUAUGCCCCAUCGCCGGCGAGCAGAGCACUCCACAGUGCUCUGUUUUUUGCUGGCCGGCGAGGGGGAGGGCAUUGGGUGCUCUAGCUCACCUCCUAGCACUAAGAUGGGGAGGCGGUUGCUGCCCAUGUCCCUUGUUGUUGGCCUGCCACGACGACGUCGAUCGCUGGCUCAAUUAGACCACAAAUUAGUGGAUUUUGUGAUAAGAGUGAGGGUUGAGAAUGACCGGAAUAAGGGUUGGAGUUGGUUUGUUUAGUUAUGGUGUGAUGGAGAGAGGGUGCCAUGACGAAGAUGGGCAUCAUCUGAUUUUAAAGGAGAGGGCUUCAGCGAGAAAUGCCGUGCUAUGGCGGAAAACCGAGUAGAAAGGAGACGGUUCGGCAGGGAAAGGGAAGGGUGCGUUGCGGGGUGGUUUUUUGUGUGUGUUGGGAUUUCACCCCCACAUGAGCUAGAUUUGAGAAAGCCUUGACUAUCUAGACGGUUGAAUUUUGGGGAGCCCACUGGGCGCCCAUUUGAUGUUUGAACCUGCCCAAACAUAUGAAGGAGAAAUGAGUUUCGACCAUGAAGACGCCUUAAUCAUUUGUUUAAGUCAUUUAUAUGUAUUGUAGCUCAUGCUACGGGCAUUCUACUAUGCUAUUUAAUCAUGGGUGGUAUAUAUCAAGUUAUAAGUUCUUGGAUGGUGAGCGAUUUGGCAUGUUAAGAAGAUAGGGAGAUUGCCGAGAAGGAAAAAUGUGAAAGAGUAUGAUGAAAAUAGGAAGACACAAUGCUUAAUGUGUAUAUUUCAAUUAAAAAAUAAUUUGAUCUAUGUGUCCAUAUUUUUAUAUUUCAUGGCAAAGUAUAGGUAUUCGGUUUUUGCCCGUAGCAACGCACGGGCAUUCUACUAGUAUUGAACUGGGUUCUUUGGGCCAACCGGAUGUAAAGGAAUGCCUAGGAAAUCUCCGUAGCAAUCUCUUGACCCUUAUCUCAAUUCUAUUUCCCCCAAAAAAAGAAUCUCAAUUCUAUUUGGGAACCACUAGCCAUUUUAGUGGAUUGUCGAAAAUAUUGAAUUGAACUGGGUUCUUUGGGCCAACUGGAUGUAAAGAAAUGCCUAGGAAACCUCCGUGUCAAUCUCUUGAUCCUUAUCUCAAUUCUAUUUCCCCCUAAAUAAAACUCAACUAUAUUUGGGAACCACUAGCUAUCAGACAGCUCAUACUUUGCAUCCUAACCAGUGUUUGGUCGUUGGAUUGAAAUUGAAAACCAUUGGGAACCACUGGCCAUCAGAACAAUUGAGAACCAUUGAGAACCAUGAUGGCAGCUGAUGCUUUGCAUCCUAUCAGACCAGUGUUUGGCCAUUGGAUUAGAAACUAGAUGGGCAUCAAAUCUGCUUCUUAGUCUUAGAUGAGCCCUUCUAGGGCACGAUGAUUAAGUGCUUCCAUAUAAGAAAUUGAUCCCGCAAGAUACGCCCACCCCAUCGCUUCUCUCUCUAGGUGCCCUUCUUUCACUCCUUCUCUCUCUAGGUGCCCUUCUUUCACUCUCAAACAGUGCUUCCUGGUCGGAUGCUUCUCUCCCGAUGCAGCAAAAAUACCACACCUAACCCGUGAGAUCGAGUAUCGUGGUUUUCCUGAUGGAGAUCAUGUAAUCUUCCAGCCGCAUAUCUGCUCGUGGUUUUCCUGAUGGAGAUCAUGUAACCUUCCAGCCGCAUAUCGGCUCUUGAGCAUCCAUUGGGGUUCGUCCUCCUUCAUUGUCGCGGGUCAACUGAGAACAUAAGAAAUUUAGUUUGUUAGUAAACCUUAAUAAAGUGUUUUGAGUGGAAGUAAACUUUUAGUUGUAUGAAACAAAAGGAAUUUAAUGUGGAAGCAUGAUGCGAAAGAAGCAUAAAAAAAAGUGUACUGGGUACAUUUGUACUAAUACUCGGAGCAGAAUCUGGACGCACGGUAAUAAGAAGCAGAAUGAAACAAAAGGAAUAUAGUGUGCGCGAUUAAUACGAAGCAUGAGACAGUGUGUUGGGUACAUCAGUACUGAUACUUGGAAGCAUACUGUGAAUGCAAGCUAAUCAGAAGCAUGAAAAUGUGAACUUGGUGCAUCAGUAGUCUUACUUGGAAGCUCAGGAUUUUGAAAAUAAAAUGAAAACAAUUGUUGCUGCCAAAUUGGGAGGCAUAUCUCUGGAGUACGAAGCACACAUAAUGUUUGCUAUCUCAAAAAUUAUUAUUUUCUAAUUAUUAUCCGACCCAAUACAUGAAGAGCAAAAACAUGCACACAAUGAACACAUGAACCAAUUAGUACUAGGCAAAGUACACAUUAUAGACGUAAAUGCAAAAAUUGACAUUUCAAAAUAUCAAGUAUGGUGUGGUCGAAAGCGGGCACAGAUGCUAAUCGCAUGCUUGGGGAAGGAUUGGGUGGAUUGUCGCAGUAUAAUACCUUUGAUUAUGAUGAGAGACACUUUGAAGAGAGAGAAAACCAGUGAAGAAAUCCUGGUCUUCCGUCAGGGGGUGGGAAGAUGGAUGGCAGCAUAGACCCCAAUCGAGAUGGAGAUGGGGGUUGCGCCCCCCCUAAGGCCGUGAUGGAGCACAUGUAGUGUCGCCUCAGGGCCGCAUUGGAGUAGAGGACAAUGGGUCAGGGUGGAGGGCUGUCACGGGACUGGGGAGUGAGGUGGGGAGGCGUGGGGAGAAACUUCUUUGUUGGCUGGAGUCCAAUCCGAAGAUGGGGAGCGGUGUGGGUGGACGAUGAGCUUGGUUUGGGCAACACUCCAAGGAAAGAGACAACGAGGGAGUGACUAGAGGGGAAAAUUAGCAGGGUCUGGGCGAUUUACUUCCUUAUUCUAUUUUUUUGGUUGAAAAGUGGCAACCGGAUUAGAUUAUGUGACCGUGAGAUUCUGCUAAGAUCGACGGCUUUCGAUAGGUCCGAUGGUUCACUUCUGAUCAAACUACUUGGUGGGAGUGUUUCCCAUUCAUUUGGCAAGCAUGACAAUUCCACGCAAAAAGCUGAAAUCAUUUUUCAUGGCAAUUUUUAAAAUUGACAUUCUCAUUAUAAUAUAUAUUUUGCAUGUUCAUUUUUUAACACAGUACAGACGAAAGCGCUCAUAUAUACGCGCAUACACUCGCCCCUAUGAAUGCACACACGCACACUCUAUCCCUAUGUGCAGAUUCGAAAGACUGAGCCAUGAACGUCUCCUCACACCAAAAGCACAUCGCUGAAAAUCCUAAAAUAAAUUCAGAAAUAAUGUGAAAAUAAUGCGAGUAUCAAAACUUAAACCCUGGUGGUGGGGAUAUCACUGUCUUUCUAAUCAAUCCAACCGUUGGUUCGCAUUUGCACGUCCGAUUUGUCACGUAGAAAAAUCUGACGUUUGAUUUGUAUCUUUUCCUCGCCUACAACCGCCAGAAAACUGGCGCUCACGAAAUUACCGUUGCUCAUAAAAAUUGGAAAGAUAACAUUCGGCGUGACGAUAGCCGCUAUCUCUUCGCUCUCCCUGUCUGACUCUCGCCGGCGCCGCGCCCUCCCCCAGCUGUCGCCUCCGCCGCCGCCGCCAGCCAUGCUUCUCCUCCAGGAACACGUCCUCCUCCUCUCUCUCGGUCCCCGCGCCACGAGUGCCCUACUCUCCUUCCGGCACCGAUGCCUCUUCUCCAACACCCGAUUCGCCGCCGCCGCCGCCGUGGCGGCGUCGGCUAGCCCUGCGCCGUUCGCCGUGGCGGACUACCUCGUCGCGUCUUGCCACCUCACCCCGGCGCAGGCCGUCAAGGCCUCCAAGGUCCUCUCCCGCCUCAAGUCCCCCUCCAAGCCCGAGGCCGUCCUCGCCUUCCUCUCCGACCUCGGCCUCUCCGACGCCGACGUCGCCGCCGUCGUCGUGUACGACCCUCUCCUCCUCUGCUCCGAGGUCGACAAGACCCUGGCCCCGCGCCUCGCCGAGCUCCGGGACCUCGGGCUCUCCCCGUCCCAGAUCGCCCGCCUCGUCCUGGUCGACCCCGCCCGCUUCCGCCGCCCCACCAUCAUCUCCAAGCUGCAGUACUACGUCCCCCUCUUCGGCUCCUUCGAGAACCUCCUCCAGGCGCUCAAGUACAACUCCUACCUCCUCAGCUCCGACCUGGAGAACGUUGUCAAGCCCAACGUCGCGCUCCUCCGGGAGUGCGGGUUAGGUGACUGUGAUAUUGCCAAGCUAUGCAUCCCCGUGCCGAGGCUGCUCACCAGUAAGCCAGAGCGCAUCCAGGCCAUGGUGGCGCGUGCCGAAGAUGUCGGUGUGCCCCGUGGCUCUGCGAUGUUCAGGCACGCGCUGCUGGCUGUCGCAUUCCUCAGCGAGGAGAAGAUUGCUGCUAAGGUGGAGUUCCUGAAGAAGACUUUCAGGUGGUCGGAAGCUGAGGUGGCCAUUGCUGUCGCCAAGCUUCCGGUCGUGCUGAGGAACUCCCAGGAGAGGCUGCUGCGCAUGUCGGAAUUCUUGAUGUCCGAGGUUGGGUUAGAGCCGGAGUACAUUGCUCACAGGCCGGCAAUGCUCACUUAUAGCCUAGAGGCCCGACUCAAACCUCGGUACUAUGUUGUGAAGUUCCUUAAAGAAAAUGGAUUGCUAAAGCCUAACCGAAGCUUCUACACCGCAGCCCAGGUGAGCGAGAAGGUAUUCAUGGAGAAGUUCAUACGUCCUCACAAGGGAGCUGCGCCUCGCCUCGCUGAAGACUAUGCUGCCACUCUCAAAGGGGAAGUCCCCACUAGAUUUAGAUGCAAAAACCAAGAAGGCUUGAAUAGUAUUUAACUGCUUUUUUGCACAAUGAAGUUUUCACUCUGGAGUCUGCACAGCAAGCUGGCAAGUCCUGUUUCUGUGUUGUUUUUCUAACACUCUAACUGGAUGUUUGGUGUCCACUAUAGUAUGUCACUUGCAGUUUUGGUAGUUGCUAAUAUUUUCUGAAUUCGAAUAUAUGUUUUGGUCGUCAUCCAGUAGAGAAGAAAGCAUGGCACAGUCAUGAAUUGGUUCUUCAUAUGUCAUGCUAACACACAAGUUUCUGAACCUGGCUUGUUCAGUCUGCAUUUUGUACUAAGAUCAGACAACUAUCAGCGUCUUUUAGGUCUCAGUUGGGACGUUAGAAUCGUCCUGUUCCUUUAGGAAAUAAACUUAUUAUUGUUAACUCUUGUGGAAUUCUGCAUUAAAAACAUGCCUUGUAAUGUGUAUCAACAGCUUCCCUAAUACAGUACUGUAUAUUACUUAUUAUUUCGAUUGGCAUA